AUGGCAACAGCAAGACGACCAGAAAAGCCUUCUGCGGUCCCAUCGAAUCCCAUUCCCUCUUCAUCGCCCGCCUUUGGCACACCUGCUCAUCCCAUCAACCCCCGCAGAACAGCACCCAUCCGCGCUCCCCCAGCUCUCAAACCACCUACAAAGUCUACCGUUCUACCUAUAUUACUUCCUCCAGCGACCCUACGUCCGCUUGCUUUUCGUACCUUUACUAAGAAGUAUAAUUUGACUCUCACCUCGUCUGCUCUGCAGGCUUUUGCCACGUUCAUAGGGAAGCAUUGUGGCUCAGGAUGGCGGGAAGAAGGUCUAGCGGAGAAGGUGCUCGAGGAAAUAGCAAAGAGUUGGAAGAAAUGUGGCGGCCAAGUGAUUGUCGAGGGGGACAGUGAGAUUCUCAAAGGAAUAUUAAAGACAUUGGAAGGUUCCAUGCUGGGUGGAAAAGUGGUUCAUGGUUCAGUCGUGGGCCGACAAAGUAGCUUCAACUUCGGGUCUGAGAUGAACGGACUUGCAUCGCGACCAGCACUGGACAGCAACAACAGUUUUGGGAUGUCAAGUCUUGAAGUGGAAGAUGAAGAGGAAGAGGAAGAUCUACUGAAGGAUACACGAGAGUGGAUGAAGGUUAUCGGGGCCUUUGAGCAACCGAAAUUGAUCUACAAUGUCACUCAGAAGCAUUUCGAAAAAUCUGCCUCAAAACCAUCCCUUUUCCCAGACCCUUCACACAAGACUGAGCUCUUCCGCCAACGAUAUCACAUAGUACAUCAGCGCAUACUUCGCAAUGAGACAUUUCAAGCUCCCACAUUCUCCACUGCUCGAUCAGCAACGUUGAGUCGAACUGGAUCGGCUGCAACAUCACAAAUGAACACAAUCACGCCAGUUGCAAAUUUACUUGGUCGAACUGGAACCACCCAUCUGCUCUUGGGGAUGCUGACUGUUUCAGCCACUGGGCAACUUUCUUUAUCUGAUCUCACUGGAACGAUUGCACUGGACAUCCAGCACGCAAGGCCAAUUCCCGAGAAUGGAGCCUACUUCGCUCCUGGCAUGAUCGUGCUCGUAGAGGGCAGCUAUGAGGAAGACGCUGGUACUGGAUCAACGCUCGGUGGGAGUGGUGGUAUUGGGGGGACCAUUGGUGGUAAGUUCCUCGGCUUCUCUGUCGGCCAUCCACCUUGUGAAAGGCGAACAGCGACAUUCGGUGGUGUAGAAGAGGUGGACAAAAACAGUCUGGCAGGUCCAGCUUUUGGCGGGACGGAUUUCCUUGGCGUUGGUUCGCAGCGUGCGACCGGUUCUCGCAUGAAUAAAAUCGCUUCGAAGCUACUUAAUGCCGAACAGUCACAUCACAUCGUGAUGGCAUCAGACCUACAUCUUGAUAUACCGUCAACACUCUCAGCGCUACGGACACUCUUGCGCACAUACACUCCCGACCCAACAGACGUUCAGCCCGUGUAUCCUCAUGCUAUCAUCUUGAUGGGCAACUUCAGUUCCAAAGCAAGUUUAGCAGGCGUACCGGGCGCUGGCAGCAUUGAGUACAAGGAGCACUUCGACGCUCUGGCCUCUGUCUUAACCGACUUUCAACAACUUAUCGCUCACACUACCCUCAUUUUCGUCCCUGGAGAUAACGACGCCUGGCCCAGCGCUUUCUCUGCCGGCGCCGCAACACCCCUCCCACGCAAGCAAGUCCCACAUCUCUUCACAAACCGCAUCCGCCGUGUCGUAGCCGAAGCAAAUCGCGAAGUCUGGGGCCCAGGCAAGGCAAAAGGGAAAGAAGGCGAAGUGAUAUGGACAAGCAACCCUUCCCGACUAAGCUGGUUUGGCGUCAAAGGUGAAAUGGCCAUUCUACGGGAUGAUAUCGUUGGCCGGCUUCAGAGGAAUAGCAUUCGCUUCCCCAAGCCUGAACCAGAAGUCGACGACUCAAUGCCAUUCGCACCAUCUGCCCAACCCUCCGCCGUAGAUCUCCAAGACCCCAUGGAUCUCGACGGUGGCCUUGUCCUACCACCCGUCCACAAGAAACCCAACAGUGAAAUCGAUGCCGACACCCAGGUCGCCCGCGCCCUAACCCGGACCAUCCUCUCGCAAUCACACCUUUCUCCAUUCCCGCUAUCUGCUCGCCCAUUGCACUGGGACUUUGCGCAUACUCUGAAUCUGUAUCCACUGCCGACGAGCUUGGUGUUGGCGGAUUCAGAGGCCCCACCUUUCGUGGUCAAGUAUUUUGGCUGCACUGUCAUGAACCCCGGGAGUAUCGAUGGGAGUGGGGGACGGGGGAAGAGAGAGGGCCGGGCGAGGUGGGUGGAGUUUGAUAUCAGGAGUAAUAUUGGGGUUGUGAGGUCGGAGGGCUAG